CAAAACAAAGCUGUAGUGACCAUGACAGCUGCUCACAGAGAGAAAGAGAGAGAGAGAGAGAUACUAAACCUUAACCAGAAAAGAAACUGUUACAGCUCAUAACUACAUUGAUGAGGUUGAGAUAGACGAACAUCACUAGCCGUAUAUCAUACAAAAAAUAACUCAACAGAAAGAUCAACAUAAACCACUUGUCAAUGUUUCUCCUGAGACAAAGCAUUGCGAAGCAGCAUGCAGCCGGCGAUGUAACAUCGAGAACCAACGGACGGAGGUCCAACCCAGAAGACUCAAGAAGACUGAUGCGACGAAAAGCCAGCUGUGUGGAGAAUUUCUCCUCGGUCGACCGAAUUCGCAAACAUACAACCAGACACUUGGGUUACAGCACCCUCAGCCUGGCCAUGAAGGGUCUUGAAGAAACGCCGGUGGAGUUGUGGGAACUCCAAGAACUUCAUAAACUCAAUUUGUCCCUAAACAGUUUGUCAGUUCUCCCGUCAGGCCUGGGAUCCCUUGAGAACCUAGAGGUCCUCAAUCUGUGGGGCAACAAACUGGUCAGUCUUCCUCCAGAGAUCGGAAAACUUCGGAACCUUCGCGUGCUAUUCGCGCACAGGAACCUCCUAAAUGAAGUUCCCGAAGAGCUGGGCAACUGUACCAGCCUGGAGGUCUUGAGUCUGGCCAAUAAUCAGAUGACGGGGCUUCCAAACGGUCUAUCCAACUUGAAGAAACUCACCAAACUCAACCUCGGCCACAAUAGGAUCGAGCACAUCCCAGCGUGCGUGUACGCCAUGAAGAGCCUCGUCUUCCUACACCUGGCCAACAACCGUCUGGAGAACAUCGCUGAUAAGAUCCAGGACCUGGUCGACUUGAAGAUCCUGAUUGUAGAGCAGAAUUAUCUUCAUGGGCUUCCCAGGACAUUGUGCCGUCUGACGAGGCUGGAACUCUUGAACUUGGACUUCAAUGACCUGCAGAGCGUUCCUGAGGAGAUGUACCUGCUGAGAAACCUGGAGAAGCUCGCUCGCCACCCGCUUGAUAAGGGACUGCAUAUUGUGCACAACCCACUUGUAAAACCUAUUCAGGAAGUUUUACAAGGUGGUUUGAAAAGUCUGUAUAACUACCUCAAACCUACCUGAUGACCUGAGUCUUCGAAUUAAAGAUUCAUUCAUUCUAAAGGAUGUUUUGUAAUCAAUUUAAAACAAAGCUGUAACUAUGAGGCUGUUAUAUUACAGAUGAUCUUGCUUUAGCAUUCUACUGGCAUGUUAUAUUUAGUUACCAUUUGACUACUACUUUUACUUUUAAAAUGCAUUUAUUUUUUAUUUUAAGUACGUCUAAUGUCUGCACCCUUACUGAGAAAUUUUCUGGUAAUUCCAUCAGAAAAAAAUAUGUCUAAAUAAAACUGUAAAGUUGUCAGUCAGGUGGUUACUAUCACAAAAAAAAUCACACAAGAUCUUCAUAUCUUUAUAUUAAUUUAUAAAAUGAAUAUUAUAAUAAUAUAUUGACAUGCGUGUGUCUCCAGACGAUGUUUCUUUAAAAAAAGACCCAAUAUU